GCGGCGCGUUUCCGGGCGACGGGGCUUGCGGCCUGUCCGCGUGUCUAAGGCAACGGACGAAGGGCUACGUUGGGCGGUUUCCCUCUCUCUGCUUUCUGCUCGGGGGCUCCUUGACAGCAAUGGCGGUGCGGGCCAGCUUCGAGAAUAACAACGAGAUCGGCUGUUUCGCCAAGCUCACGAACGCCUACUGCCUGGUGGCCAUCGGGGGCUCAGAGGGCUUCUACAGUGUUUUUGAAGGGGAGCUUUCGGAUACCAUCCCUGUAGUUCAUGCUUCAAUUGCCGGAUGUCGAAUCAUUGGCAGAAUGUGUGUGGGAAACCGGCAUGGCUUGUUAGUCCCAAACAAUACCACGGACCAGGAGCUUCAGCACAUCCGAAACAGUCUUCCAGACUCCGUACGAAUUCAGCGAGUGGAAGAGCGCCUCUCUGCCUUGGGCAAUGUCACUACAUGCAAUGACUAUGUAGCACUUGUCCAUCCAGACAUUGACAGAGAGACAGAAGAGAUUUUAGCAGACGUACUAAAAGUGGAAGUAUUUAGGCAGACGGUAGCAGAACAAGUGUUGGUGGGAAGUUAUUGUGCUUUCAGCAACCAGGGAGGACUUGUGCACCCCAAGACUUCCAUUGAAGACCAGGAUGAGCUCUCCUCAUUGCUACAAGUCCCACUUGUGGCUGGAACUGUUAACCGUGGCAGUGAGGUGAUUGCAGCUGGAAUGGUUGUGAAUGACUGGUGUGCCUUCUGUGGCCUGGACACAACCAGCACAGAGUUAUCUGUUAUUGAGAGUGUCUUUAAACUCAACGAAUCACAGCCAAGUACCAUUGCUACUACUAUGAGAGAUUCUUUGAUUGACAGCUUGACAUGAUCUGCUGCUCCCUGACCACCACAGAAGCACUGAAGGCCAGAUUAUGAUCUUGAUUGCUCGCUGAAGUAAAUGCUCUGUUUAUUACUCUGCAGACCUAGACCAGGAAGGGUAUACAACAAUCAGCAUUUCUAAACUACAAUGUUACACACCUGUGCCCCUUUUUGUUACUUCUGCUAAUAUGGCCUGCUUUCAUUAAUUCAUGAGAUAAUUUUCAAAUUGCGAGUGUAUGUUUUAGAAAAAUGUUUAAAGAUGUCAUUACAUGUAAUAAUGGUUAAAAAACAAAACAAAAUGGUUUUCUCCUUCUGCAUUCACCGGCAUGUGCCUGAACCAGCUAUAAUUUCUCGAUCAGACGCAGCUGGGAUUUCUACUGGAUCAUUUUUACAUAGCCUGCAGCCUAGAUUAAUGUAGCUGUCUUAUGUAAAUUUGGUAGUCAGACACUGCCUGUUAAAAGGACUGAAAUAAGCCAUGGAGCUUUUUGCCAUAUCCCUAUAAUUCUGUAAAGCCAACAUGUGCUAGCAGUUCUCUGAAAUGACACUGGCCUUUAUCUGUGGAGGAAGACCAGGUGAAAGACCAAUCCAUCCCUCUGCUGAAGUUAUGAAGAGCCUUUACUUUAGAGGAAAUAGCCUGGGUGGAAAUAAUUUAUUUUGACCUCUUGGUUGUAUGCACACUUCCUUAACAAUUCAGUCAUAAGAAACUACUUUGCAACCUGUAUCUUAAGCCUCUUAUGAGGCUCUGCUUUGUUGCGCGGCGUUAGAAGCAAUCCUUGGAAGUAGGGGAUGGUGUCACUUGGUUGAGGCUUAAUGCCAAAGGCAGUUAAAAUUAAUAAAACUUAAAGCUAGAAA